GAUGGGCAGGAUGGAGAUAAUAAACAAAGCACUGCUGAUAUGACUGUGUUUGUACAGAAUCUUCUUCAGCAAAUGCAAACCAGAUUUCAGACAAUGUCCGAAUCAAUAAUCUCAAAAAUUGACGAGAUGGGAAACCGGAUUGAUGAACUCGAACAAAGUAUCAAUGAUUUGAGAGGUGAAAUGGGUCAAGAUGCUGCUGCUCCAUCGCCUUCGGCAUCUUUGAAACCAAAAGAGGAACCGACAAAACCGGCCGAUGAUAGUGCAUAAGCAAGUGAUGAUGAUAUACUUCAAGUUGGCUCCUGGCUUUAGAGCCAAUUGGCCAUGUUGGUUACAAUUGUUUAGACUUACAAGUCUUGUCCCAUUUUGUCUAUUAUGACAUUUGGUUUGUAAUAUGAUACAUAUAUUGGUCAUUGUUGAGGUUAUCAAAAUAUGCUUUGACAA